AUGAUAAACACAGCAGCUGCCAAUCCUGCGGCAACAGCUUUAGCAACUGUCGGUACAGUACUAUGGUGUAUUCAACUAAUUCCGCAAAUUUAUCAUAAUUGGAAAAGAAAAGAUUGUACAGGGGUCCCACCACAUAUGAUGUUUCUAUGGGUGAUAUCAGGCAUUCCCUUUGCAUGUUUUUUUUUAAUUCUUAAUACAAAUGUUAUCUUACAAGUUCAACCACAUUUAUUCACAUUCUUUUGUGGUGUCGGAUUCGUUCAGUCAUGUUAUUAUCCCCCAGUAAGGAUGCCUGUAUGGAAAAUAGUUGCCAUUACAAUGGGUAUCAUACUUGUGGAUAUUGGUUCAGAAAUUGGGUUCGUCCUUUGGCUACGCCCUUUAUAUGCAGAAGGUAUUAAAUGGCCUUCAAUGAUUUUUGGUAUUUUAGCAUCAGUAUUAUUAGCCAUAGGUUUAUUACCACCUUAUUUUGAAUUAGCUAAAAGACAAGGUGAAGUCGUUGGGAUAAAUUUUGUAUUUCUAACUUUAGAUAGUCUAGGAGCUUAUUUUUCAAUCGCAAGCGUAUGUGUUGGCGAUAUGGAUAUUUUAAGUAUUAUAUUAUAUGCAGUGAUUGCAGUAUUAGAAUUAGGUAUAUUUUUGUCCCAUACUAUAUGGUUAUGUAGAUUUAAGUGGUUUGGAAAUGAUAGACUACUACAACAACAAAAUAUGGACGCCAUUCAGUCAAGUGAGGAAGAUCAAACUGAGUCAUAUGAUGACAUUUCUUCGGAAAUUGAUACCGAAAAACAAACAAAGAAGAAUACUGAGUCUACAUUCGAAGUUAAUUCUGGUAGUGAUAAUGGAUUUGUUUAUGAAACACCUACAAAGCCACGUAUAUCGGCAAUCUUCAAGUUUAUGCCACGAGUAAAGAGUCAUAUAAAAUGA